AUGGAGCUGCAGAACACUGUGAAGGAAGCCCUAAACGCGCUUUACCACCACCCGGACGACGCCGUACGGAUGCAGGCCGAUCGCUGGCUUCAAGAUUUUCAGCGCACGAUUGACGCUUGGCAGGUGGCAGAUAAUUUGCUUCAUGAUUCUGCUAGCAAUAUAGAAACUUUGAUAUUCUGCUCUCAAACUCUUAGAAGCAAGGUGCAACGUGAUUAUGAAGAAUUACCUUCCGGGGCAUUUCGUCCAUUACGGGUUUCUUUAAAUACAUUGCUGAAAUCAUUACACAAGGGACCUCCUAAAGUUCGAACACAGAUUAGUCUUGCAGUGGCUGCAUUGGCUGUCCAUGUGCCAGCUGAAGAAUGGGGUGAUGGUGGUAUUGUAAAUUGGAUAAGAGAUGAAAUGAAUUCACAUCCUGAAUGUCUACCAAGUUUUCUGGAACUACUCAGAGUCUUACCCGAGGAAGUGUUCAAUUACAAAAUUUCAGUUCGUCCUGAUAGACGCCGUAGUUUCGAAAAUGAACUUGCUUCUGGACUGGAGAUUGCUCUCAGUAUCUUAACUGCUUGCUUGAAUAUAAAUGAGCUGACAGAACUGGUUCUUGAGGCUUUUUCUUCUUGGCUACGACUUAGGCAUAGGAUUCCAGCCUCAGCUCUUGCUUCACAUCCAUUAGUACUCACAGCUCUCUCAAGCUUGGAGAGUGACAUUCUUUCUGAGGCAUCUGUUAAUGUUAUUUCGGAAUUAAUACACUAUACAGCAAUAAGAAACCCUGAUGCAGUUGCGUCUCAGAUGCCCUUAAUUCAAGCAAUUGUACCUCGGAUUAUGAGUCUGAAAGCACAGCUUAGAGAUCCUUCCAAGGAUGAAGAGGAUGUGAAAGCCAUUGCUCGCUUAUUUGCUGACAUGGGAGACGCAUAUGUUGAACUAAUUGCUACAGGUUCUGAUGAAUCGAUGUUGAUUGUGCAAGCAUUGCUUGAAGUUGCUUCACAUCCAGAAUUUGAUAUUGCUUCAAUGACCUUCAACUUCUGGCAUAGUCUUCAAGUUAUAUUAGUUGAGAGGGGUUCUUAUGUAGCGAAUGGUGGUGGAGCAUCUGUUGAAGCUGAGAAAUCUCGUCAAUUGCAGGUUUUCCGUCCAUCAUAUGAGUCACUUGUUUCCUUGGUUAGCAUCAAAGUUCAGUAUCCCCAGGAUUUUGCCGAUCUUUCAAGGGAGGAUCAGAAAGAUUUCAAGCAGACUAGAUAUGCUGUUGCAGAUGUCCUUAUUGAUGCAGCUCUAGUUUUAGGUGGUGAUUCUGCUCUAAGAAUUCUUUACAUCAAGCUUAUUGAGGCUGUUAGUAACGGUGGACAUGGCCAGCAGACUGAUUGGCGUCCAGCAGAAGCUGCUCUGUAUAGCAUCCGGGCAAUAUCAGAUUAUGUAUCUACUACUACUGAUGGAGAUGUAAUGCCACAGAUCAUGUCUUUGCUUCCGAAACUUCCUCAUCAACCGCAGCUGCUACAGACAGUGUGCUUGGUCAUUGGAGCGUAUUCAAAAUGGCUCGAUGGAGCACCAAGUGGAAUUUCAUUCUUGCCACCACUCAUAGACAUUCUUGUUAGCGGCAUGAGUAUAUCAGAGGACAGUGCAGCAGCAGCUGCUGUGGCAUUUCGGCAUAUUUGUGAUGACUGCAAGAAAAAGUUGUGUGGAUCAUUGGAUGGUCUAUUUCAAAUAUACCAAAGGGUGGUAACUGGAGAAGGUCCUUUCAAGAUUUCUGCUGAAGACUCGUUGCACGUGGUCGAGGCUCUAAGUAUGGUCAUCACUGAACUUCCUUCAGAACAUGCUAAGAAGGCCCUAGAGGCAUUAUGCCUGCCUGCUGUUGCUCCUUUACAAGACAUCAUUAGUCAAGGUCCUUUGGUGUUGGGGCAGAGACCUGCUCGUGAUCUCACUGUUCAUAUAGAUAGACUAGCAAAUAUAUUCAGACAUGUAAAUCAUCCGGAAGCUGUUGCCGAUGCUGUUCAAAGGCUUUGGCCAAUCUUCAAAGCAAUCUUCGAUAUUCGUUCUUGGGACAUGCGGACUAUGGAGUCUCUUUGUCGAGCAUGCAAAAAUGCUGUGAGGACCUCUAAGUCACUUAUGGGAGUUACAGUUGGUGUAAUGCUUGAGGAGAUACAGAUCUUGUACAAGCAGCAUCAGCAGCCUUGUUUCCUAUAUCUCUCAAGUGAAGUUAUUAAGAUAUUCGGGUCAGAUCCAUCUUGUACAAAUUACUUGAAACUCCUGAUUGAAUCUCUCUUCAGCCACACAACAAUUAUGCUUGCAAAGAUACAGGACUUUGUUUCACGACCAGACUUAGUAGAUGAUUGCUUUUUGUUAGCAUCGAGGUGUAUACGGUAUUGCCCUCAAUUAUUCUUCCCAUCUCCCGUUUUUCCUUGUUUAGUGGACUGUUCAAUGAUCGGCAUCACUGUACAGCACAGGGAAGCCUCGAAUUCCAUAUUGAAUUUCUUGUCGGACGUUUUUGAUAUUGCAAACUCUAGUCAAGGAAAACCUUACACAUCUAUACGUGACAAUGUGAUCUUUCCGAGAGGUGCUGCAAUCACCAGAAUUCUUGUGGCUGCCCUCACAGGAGCACUCCCUAGUUCGCGAUUAGAAACGGUAACAUAUGCACUGUUAGCUCUAACUCGAGCCUAUGGUGUAAAAGCUUUAGAGUGGGCAACAGAGAGUAUUUCCUUAAUUCCACCAAAUGCCAUAACAGACAUUGAACGGUCAAGAUUUUUGCAAGCCUUAGCCGAUGCGGCCUCCGGUGCAGCCAUAAACGGCAUAAUGAUCCCUAUUGAAGAAUUGUCUGAGGUUUGCAGACGAAAUAGAUCAGUACAGGAAAUUGUUCAAGGAGCUUUGAGGCCGCACGAGCUAAACUUAGUCCCUGUUUCAUAG